CAGCAGUCAUAUGACUGCAGUCUGGAAGCAUACGCUGUGUUUUAGUGAGUGCCUCAGCUGCAGAUGACGGUGGAGGAAGUCUAAAUACUUCCGUUUAUCUCGUCGCUGUGAAGUUUGUUGGGGUUUUGUUGUACUCUUGCGGCUCUCCGAGAUGCAUCUCGUGUUGUGUUUGCUGGCCGCUUUUGGGAUCGGUUCGCAGGCUCAGUAUGCUCCUGAUGAGGUGACAGAGCUGCCCGGUAUGAUGUUCAAACCCAACUAUCGCCAAUGGUCCGGAUACCUCCGGGCCGGACCCGGGAGGUUCCUCCAUUACUGGUUUGUGACUUCUCAAAAGGACCCAGCAACAGACCCUGUGGUCCUCUGGCUGAACGGAGGUCCAGGCUGCAGCUCUCUGGAUGGAUUCCUGUCAGAGAAUGGACCGUUUCACGUAAACGAUGAUGGAGCCACUCUCUAUGAGAACCCAUACAGCUGGAAUAAGGUUGCAAAUAUGCUGUAUCUAGAAUCCCCUGCAGGAGUGGGAUACUCCUACUCUGAUCAGACUUACACAAUUGAUGACAACCAGGUUGCUGAUGAUAAUUACAAAGCCCUGCAGAGCUUCUUCACAAAGUUCCCAAACUUCACCCAGAAUGAGUUUUUCAUCUUUGGAGAGAGUUACGGUGGAAUUUAUGCACCAACGCUCAGCCUGCGUGUGGCCACAGGAGAGGCCAAAAUCAAUUUUAAGGGCUUUGCAGUUGGAAACGGUCUCAGCAGCUUUGCUCUGAAUGACCAGUCCUUGAUAUACUUUGGUUACUAUCACGGCCUCUUUGGAGAAGAUUUGUGGCGUGAUCUCAACAUAAAUUGCUGUAACAAGUCAAACUGUACGUUUUACAACAGCAGUUCAGAGGCCUGUCAGACAAUGGUAAAUGUGGCCUUUAAUAUCGUGUACGAAACUGGACUCAAUGAGUAUGCCUUGUAUUUGGACUGUGAGGGUCAGCACAGAGGAUACGAGUUUGCUAUGAGACAUCUGUUUAAGACGUUCAAGAAACAACUGCACACCCACAAGCUCCCAGGUACUAGAACUUCCCCUCCGUCUCUUGGCGAGGUCCCUCCCUGCAUCAACAGCACGGCUCAGACGAACUGGCUGAACAGAGGCGACGUGAGGAAAGCUCUGCACAUUCCAGAUGUUCUUCCAAUGUGGGAUAUCUGCAGUGAUUCUGUUGGAGCGCAGUAUAAGAUUCUGUACUCCACAAUGAAGGUGGUUUAUCAAAAGCUGCUCUCUCUGGGCCUGAGGUCUCUCGUCUACAAUGGAGACACAGACAUGGCCUGUAACUUCCUUGGAGACCAGUGGUUUGUGGAGGACCUCGGAAUCAAGCCCACCACCAGAUAUCAAACGUGGCUUUAUGAGGACCAGGUUGCUGGUUUCUUCCAGCAGUUUGCAAACAUCACUUUCCUGACAGUGAAGGGUGCAGGUCACAUGGUUCCACAGUGGGCUCCUGGUCCGGCUCUUCAAAUGUUCCAGUCCUUCAUAACAAACACCUCCUACUAAGAUCUAAUCAGGACUGCAUUCUGCACACGUCAGCUGCUGUUUAUUUUAAGGGAAAAACAAAUCAGUAAAAGGGAAAAGGGACAUUUAACUGUGUAAGAAUCGUGAUGUCUAAACAACCCCAUGUGGGCUGGAAAUUUUUGUACAGUUCUUGGAAGACUUUUAAUAUUUGCAAAUGAUUUCUAUUGGCACAAAAUGUUCUUUAAAAUCUAAGCAGUGCCUUAUGUUUGUGGUAAAUGUGCAUGAAUGUAAAAUUUUCUUUCCUUAUCAGCGACAUCUAGGAGCUGGUCUGUAAAGUUGAUUCUUCACUGGUGAUGUUCAAAUAUUUGAGUUAAAACCAUUAGUUUUUCAAUUAAAAACACUUGAUGCUGUA